AUGAAAUCGACGUUAGAGGAAGCGCGGCAAGCGACAUUGAGGAAUCAGCAGCUCGAGCAGGAGAUGAAGGAGAGAAAUAUCAUUAUUGGAAAGCUUCGGCACGAGGCAGUUAUAUUAAAUGAGCAUCUCAAGAAUGCACUAAGCCGUCUGCGUCGUGAGUCGUCCGAGGACUGUGUGGACAGGCGCUUAAUGUCAAACUUGAUUCUCCAGUUUCUGAGCAUGCCGCGGGCAGAUACUAAACGCUACGAGAUAUUACGACUUAUUGCAUCUAUUUUGCAAUGGGACGAUGCUGAGCGUGAAAAGGCGGGCCUUCAACGUCAGAGCGAUCGUUCUCAUGGCUAUGGAUUCUUAGGCUUAGGUGGUCUAAUGUCGUCACCACGGAAGGCCUCCACAGCAGAGACGCAGUCGUCGGCUGACGAGUCUGUCUCGAACUUGUUCGUUGAGUUUCUGCUUUCGGAAGUCGAGCGAAGUAAGACGGAUCCGCAGCAAACGUCUGGACCGUCUUUUGGGCAAGGACAAGAGGAUCAGUUUCAGCUUCAGCCGCAAUUUGAUCACCAACAUCCACCCUCACCUCCAUCCCAGCUUCAUCAUUCAGCACAGCACCAGCCGGAGUCUGGACCCCCCACAACAACGUGA